AUGGUCGAGUACAGGAAGACCAAGAUUAAUACCUCUCAGGCACAGGACGCAUUGCUGAGGGCAUUAGCAUCCUCUCGCUCAGAAGAAGUCGCCCAAGAAUUUAUAACUGUAGUCCAAGCCCCGUCCUACUGUCAAGCAUACCGCAAUUACUCCGAUCUAGUUAACUGUCCUACCAUCGAUGUGAUCUAUAUCGCGACGCCUCAUUCCCACCACUUCCAGAAUGCCAUGCUAGCUCUCGAAGCGGGAAAGCAUGUGCUAUGUGAGAAAAAUUUUACUGUAAAUGCCGGACAAGCCAAGAAGCUCUCCACCGUGGCAGAAAAGAAGCAGCGGUUUCUCAUGGAGGGACUAUGGACAAGGUUCCUCCCUGUUAGUGUAGAGGUGCGUCAAUUUCUCCAAGCUGGUGCCAUAGGGACCGUCACCCGUGUCUUCGCAGAUAACGGUCUGGGAAUGGACCCAUACAGUGACUUUCUUCCGGGCGAUCUCAUGGUUGUGAAAGAGCUGGCUGGUGGAGCGCUGUUGGACCUUGGCGUCUAUUCAAUCCACUGGGUACUCCAGGCCAUGCCCAAGACAAAUCGUCGCCCAAUUCAGAUCCUCUCUACCACGACGGAAUACGCCGUAUCAGGAGUCGACGAGACAACUACUAUCCUUAUGAGAUUCGCCCCUAGCACAGCAGAUGGGCCUGAAAUACAAGCCACGGCCAGUGCUAGUCUCCGCGCUAUAACCGACCCAGACGGCGAGACCGCCGCGGUGCGCAUCCAAGGCGAUCAAGGCGAAACCCAAAUCUACGGCUGGCCGUGGUGUCCGUCCCGGCUACGAGUCAUUAGACGAGGACCCGGGAUGAACAACCGGGGGACUAUCAAUCGACAAGACCGACCUUCUACCCGACGGUCUAUAUGGACUCUGCUUCGAGGCGGACGAAGUUGCACGCUGCAUUUGCCAAGGUCUUCUAGAGAGUCCCGAGAUGCCCUGGCUAGAGAGCAUGAUAGUAAUGGAGAUCAUGGAUACAGUGCGGCGGGAGAAUAA